UUCCCUCGCCGAAUUUUAACCUUCUUCUCUCCUCCCUCCCUCCCUCCUCCCCAGCUCGACCUCCCCCUGCCCAGCAUUGACCUCCUCUUCUCUUCUUCUCCGUACCUCCUCUUCUCGUCUCCUCUCUUCCAUACCUCCCUCCCGCUUCCCACCUCAGACAACAAACACACCUGCGAUUCACCUUCCCCUUCCCACCAACCCCCCUUACCUCCGACACGAUACGAUACACCCACCGUAUCCACCUCGCCGAUCCCAAGGGCGACGUCAUACAUCCACCCCAUCCCAGCCACAGCUACCGAUCGGCGCGAGACGCCCGAUUGACGCGGGUGUGCCGAUCGAGCUACACAGGAACAAGGGGAGUGGCCUGUAUUCGAAGGGGCCCACGGACGAGGAAAGGGAUUUGUUUAAACGACUUGGUAUGGGAGAGAAGGGAGGGUAAUCGGAGUUUGUUGUUGUUAUUGCCAGCUUUGACCCGCUUUCUCUGGAGAAGGUGUCCGUGUCUACAGCAGCAACGAUAAUUGUUGGUCACUGCACGAUUGUUCAAGGGAGGCCGCCAUCCAAUCGCUCGGGAUACGAUACGAUAUAGGAAGCUGGACAAUACCUCGGAGGAAAGAGAUACAGGAAUUGCAGGCCCCAAUCAGUCAAUCCCGAACUACACCCUCGACGCUGAUCUACGCAUACACAUACCAACCCAGGUGUGUGAUCCGCAACCACCCAAAGGGAUCGGCACGCACUUCAAACAGCCCUGCGACGGACGCGAAUUUUUGAUCCUCGAACGGACGGACGGACACCCGCGCACACCACGCGGGCGCGAACAAAGAAGGUGCAACGUUUAGCGCUGCGGCGGUUUCUCUUCUAUUUCGACAUCACCUCUUUCGUUAUCUCUUUUAUAUUUUAUUUCUUUGUUUGUUGUUUCUGAGGGUCAAAACCUCUUAUCUUCUUUCCUAUCUGCAACUUUUUUCGACAGAGGAUAUACUCAAGACGACAACGCGAGACGGAAGGAAACUUUGUCGGUGCUGGCACGACACCGAUUUCUAUCUACGUUUGAGCGGCUGAAGGGAUAUAUCUUCAAGGAACCGGCUCUCUUCUUUCUUACUGCCAUUUGAGCAGCUAGCUACUUUGUCUGGACCGCUUGGCAUCGAUCACCGCCGCCAAGCUACCUUCUCCAGGCCGGCCCUCACCAUCACCCACCUGGCCUCCAACCCUCACCACCACCCAUCCGGGUCUCCAGGCCUCACCCUCACCCUCACCACCCUCAUCCCAUGACGAACCACCUCGACCUCACCCUCUCCCCCACCCGCGCCAACAUGCUCCUCUCCCCCUCCAACCCCCCCACGCGCAUGACCCUCCGCCGCGGCCCCCCUUCCUUCGACCACGGCCCCCUCUCCGCCACCACCUCCCGCUCAACCUUCGCGCGCCUCCUCGCCUCCCCCCCGCCAUCCCCCAGCCUCCCCGCCCUGGUCCCACGGCACGGGAAACCCCCUCCCUCGCCCACCCCGCGGCGCCUACGGCGGCUAACCCGGUUUCUCAUCUGGGUCUUUGGGGUCUCGACAAUAGUCUACUACGCCACCGCCCUCCUGCGCGCACACCGGCACCUCCCCUCCAUGGGCGCCUGGUCCACCGACUCCGGCACCUCCUACGAGCUCGUAGGCGACGACUCACUCCCCGACUUCCCCACCCCCGUCGUCGUGACCGAUUCCUCCGGGAAACCGCGCUGGACAAUCUCCAUCCCCCCCCACACGGCCUUCCCCCUCCACCCCUCCGACUACGCCGAGCUCUGCGCCCAAACCGGGGAAAUAGCCACCCACGUAUCCAGCCUACUCCACAAAUCCGCCCCUCCCGCCGCGCAUAAGCCAUACUCGCACAUCGAUCCCAACUUCCUCGACCCCACCCUCGCCGACCGUCUCGGUCUCCUCCUCUCCGCCGCCCAAGCCGCGGGACUAACAUACCGCCCUUCCCGCCCUCCUCCGCCUCCACUACUAGGGGAAUCCUUCUCCUCCCUCUCUCUCCCGCCCUGCACGCGCUCCCUAACCGUAACCCUCGAGACCCCCUCCGCAGGGCUCGCACCAACCCUAAUGCUCCUCUGGACCGCCUACGGCCUCGCCCUCUCCGAAGACCGCGCCUUCUUCAUCGACGACACGAGGUGGCCCUACGGUUCAUACACCGAUUUCUUCCUCCCUCCCCCGCCCGCAACAUGCCGUCCCCCGCCGCGUCACCACAUAACCCCGUGUCCGCACUCAGCAGCCCACCUCCUCGUCUCCGCAGCGACAACCCCCCACACCUUCGGCGGCGCCUUCCACGACGCCUUCGAAGACGCGCAUCGCGCCGGCAAUGCGCGACAGAAACCCAUUUUCGACCUCGCGAGGAAGGGCUACGAAGCCCUCUUCCACCUCAAGCCCGAGGAUGCCACGCACGUCUCAGAUCGCCUCGCCGAACUCCGCUCAAUGGUCGCCCAUCCCGAGACACCCGGGAAGAUAGUAGCCAUGCACAUCCGCCACGGCGACGCGCACCCUCUAUCCUUCCAAUACCGCGACGCCUACAUCCCAACCCCCCACUACACCUCCGCCGCGCACUCCCUCCUCUCCACCUCCUUCCCCUCCACCACCCCUUCCGCCUCCUCCCACCGCGCUAGGAGCGUCUUCGUAGUCGCCUCCGACGACCCAGACGUCUACACCGACGACGACCUCAUCGGCUCCGUGCGCGCGCAAUCGGUUAUCAAACUCGCAUCCCGCCCGCCCCUUUCGGCGUCGCAGGAAAAAGGGGAGCCGGAUGAGAGGGGUAUGUUUAGACGCUUUAUUGAGGCGCCGGUGGGGUGGGAGGGGGGGUUUUUUGCGGGGAUGUUUUGGGGACUUGGGAAGGGCGGGGAGGUGGGGGGGGAGGGGUGGAGGUUGAGGGGUUUGGUGGGACGGGCGUAUUUGUUGGAUUUGGCUGUGCUUGCUGGGGCGGGUGGGGGGGAGGGGGAGGGAGGGGGGAUUGUGUGUGGAGUUGGGAGUAUGGGGUGUAAAAUCCUUGCUGUGAUGGGGGGGUGGGAGAUGGUUGAGAAGGGGGGGUGGGUUAAUGUUGAUGGGGAGUUUGGGUGGAGGGGCGUGAGUUGGUAGAUUUUCUGCCCCUUUCUUCCCUCUUGCCCGCUUCAAGGACUCUGUGUGUGUGUGUGUGUGUUGUUGGUGUUAUUGAAAAAAGCAUAUUGAAAAAUCUAGCGAUGGGUAAAAAGGCGGGGUUGCAUUGGCGUUUUGGGGGGGGGGGGGUACAUAGACGGGAACUCGGAAAACUCACUCACUCACUCACUCACCUAUUUUGAGGAGGAGGAGGAAGGGAGGAAGGAAGCAGCUAGUGGCAGGACGCACAGCAGCAAUGGCAUAGUACAGCAAUAGCAUACAGAGCGAGAACAGGCAUGUCGCAAUAGAUAUAGCAUAUACAAGAAAUCCAAAUUCGGAAUCACAAAUCACCUACCUACAUACCUACAUUACCU